AUGACUGACCGUGCUGCCCCUCCCCCCUCUUCGUGCGCCCUCCCCCCUUCUCCCCCCUCCCCUCCUUCCCUUGCAUGUGGCUUCUGCUUCCCCGUUGGCCAGAGCAGCAAGUGCGGUGGUUCACUUCUAACGUCGACGGCUCAAUUUCUCCUGCCCCUUUGCGGUGGUGGUAUACCUCCUUUCCCCUGUGCGGGCAUCCCCCCUCCUCUCCCCUCCUCCUCCUUUCCCCAGCGCAGCAACGCAGCAAGUGCGAGCCCUUCGUCUCACCUCCUGCUCUUCCCCUCGGGUCACCGCUACGACUGCCUUGCCGCCACCACCCACCACUCUGCCCCCCCUUUCUCCCUUUCCCGUUUUCCGUUGUGUUCCCUACACCCCCCACCAGACCGCUUCAUCUCACCUCCUGCUCUUCCCCUCGGUCCCCCUCCUCCCAUCUCCUGCUCUUCCCCUCGGGUCACCACCCCUGUUUCCCCACAUUCUCCCUCCAUUUUCCCCCCUUUUUUUCUCCACCCAACCCACCAGUCCCCUUCAUCUCACCUCCUGCUCUUCCCCUCGGGUCAUCGCUAUGACUGCCUUGCUGCCACCACCCACUCCUCCAGUCUUGGCAGCAGCAGCAGCAGCUCUGGGGGGGAAGCGGAGGGAGGGGCGCAGGGGGAAGUGGUGCGGGGGAGCAGAGUGGGCAAGAAGAUUCUGCAGGUGAGGAAAGAGAGGAGUAGGGCUGGCGGCGGGGGGUACAGGGGGAGGGGAGGGGAAGGACUGGGGGAGCAGAGUGGGGAAGGGAAGAAGAUUAAGCAGGUGAGGAAAGGGAGGGGUAGGGCUGGCGGCGGGGGGUACAGGGGGAGGGGAGGGGAAGGACUGGGGGAGCAGAGUGGGGAAGGGAAGAAGAUUCUGCAGGUGAGGAAAGAGAGGAGUAGGGCUGGCGGCGGGGGGUACAGGGGGAGGGGAGGGGAAGGACUGGGGGAGCAGAGUGGGGAAGGGAAGAAGAUUCUGCAGAACCCUCCCUUCCCCUGCCCCAGCCUUGGAGGUUCUCAAUACCCUCAUCCACUCGAGGCUCGCGCCCUCUCUGCUCUUACUGAUAACUCUCACCCAUUCUCUCCCCUUUUGAGACCCUUUAACAGUGGUAACUGGGGCACACACCCCGCCCCGCCCUCUUCUCCCAGAAAUAGCUCGGAUUCCUCUGAAGAUGACCAAGAGGGGUGGGAGAGCCAGGGGCGGCAGGGGAGGGGCCAGGAGCAUCAGCAGCAGCAGCAGCAGCCAGUCAUGAGCUGCCACGUGGCAGCGCGGUCCAUGCACCAUGCUCACGUGCUCGCCCUGUUGUACGAUAGUGAUGGCUGCAGCAGCGGCAGGGAUGGUGGUGGCUGUGGGGGGGAUUUCGGGGAUGUCGGAGGGUUGAAGGCGAAGCGUCUGCUCUCUCUCGCAUCGCCAACGCCUCUUGCACAUGUUGCCUUCCGUCCCGCCUCCUCCUCCCCAGUCCCCACUCAACUCGCCCUCAUCACCACCACUGGAAGAUUGCAAUUGAUCGACCUGCAUCACCCCCCUCCCUCCCUCUCCUCCUCCUAUCCUUCCUCCUACUCCUCUCCUUUCUCCUCGUCCUCCCUCCUUGCUCGACCCGUCCCCUUAGGGGCAGCUCCUGGCAGCAGGGAGUAUAGCUACAGUAAAUUCUCGUUAAGAUCAGGGAAAAGUGGUGUAGAACCAGGAGGAGGAGGAGGGGGAGGGGGAAGAGGUUCGGCGGAUUGGACCACCUCCAUCGGUGGAGUCGCCUUGGGAGGUCCGGUCCGAGGCUGGGGCAGGCCUGGCUCGGCAGCAGGCGCGGCAUUCCCAUCCGGCCUAACCACAGGCUCGGGGCUAGGCUCGGCGGAGGAAACAGAAGAGGCUCGGAAGAAGCGGUGGGAGGAGGAGGUGAGGUGGAGGGAAGCGGAGGGGCGGCUGGGGUGGGAGGGAUGGUGGCAGUGCGAGUAUGUGGGAGAAGGGGAACCGCAUAUACUGCUGACCGCCUCAUCAGCAUCAGCAUCAGCAUCAGCGUUUGGACCUACUGGUGGGCUGGACAGUCGCUGGUUUGCGGUGGCGUCCAGUCGUCUGGUGAUGCUCUUUGACCUUCGCAACACUGUCGCGCCGCUGCUGCAGAUCACACUGACAGCAGCUGCCUUGGGAUCAGGCCGGAUCAUCACAUGCCCUAUUGCUCUCACCACUGCCGCUCCUCUUCCUCCUCCUCCUUCUCCUUCUCCUUCCGUGAUUGCUGCUGCUGCGGCUGCAUUCAAAGGAACAGCAACAGCAGGUGCUGAAGCAGCAGCAGUCAAAGCUGAAGCUGCUGCUGCCCGUCGGGCAGUAAAACGUUUCCAGGCUGCCCAGCGGCGCACGCCGCACCUCUUCCGAGCCUUGUCCGGAGGUUUGGCAGCCGUGGCUGCCGCCCCGUUCCCCUCCUGUGCUGGUGGUGUGGAUGUGAGUGUAUCGAAGGGUAUGAUGAUUAAAGCAGCAGAUAGAGAGGAAGGGGAGGAGGAGGAGGAGGAGGAGGAGGAGGAGGAGGAGGAGGAGGAGGAGGAGGAGGAGGAGGAGGAGGAGGAGGAGGAGGAGGGGGGGGAGGAGGAAGGGAAGAGGAGAGGAGGAGGAGUGGGGAAGGGCAGAAGGAGAAACAAACAAAAAGGGUACAGCACUAAGAAGCACGCAUCCUCAUUACAAGCAUCUUCACUAUUACAACACCCUAGCGCACCCAGAGGUCCUCAAUUCAUAUCCACACCGGCCCUCCUCCCUCUAGAAAUCCCGAGCCCCUUCGAGAGGAAGCGUCCUAGAAGCAUCCUGCCGCGGUCCCUAGAUCCUGUAGACGUGCUGCAGGCCUCUCAGCCAAUCCCAGCUGUCCACGUGGCAGGCACUGCACUUGCUCCAAUUGCUGGCCUUGCAUGUAUAAGCACGGUGCCGUGUGCUUAUAAUGAGGCUCGGCCCGACAGCCAAUCAGGUGGUGGUAAGAAAGCAGCAGGGGGGUUGGCAGCUGAGGCGGGGAAACAUGAGGGAAGAUUUGAUUUGAUUCAGCUGACGAGGCUUGGAGAUGUGUGGGCAGCAUCGUACGGCAUGGAGUGGGAGGGGAGGAAAGACAAGAGGAAACGGGGAGAGCAGGAUGGAAGGAAGGAGGGUUUCUUACAAGAAGAGGAGGAAGAGGAGGAAGAGGAUGAGGAAGUGGAGGAGGAGGAAAAAUGUGCGCUCGCUCUGGAUCCAGUGGUUGAUGUUCGCUCUGCUCUGGAUCCAGUGGUUGGGAGUAGGAGAGGGGAGAAGGCGGAAGGAGAGGAGGUGGAGGCGAAAGGGGGCGAGGCGAGAGAAAGAAGCACCGAGAGGGAUGUUAGGGUGAAUCCACAACACAGGCGGAAAAAGCCGCAGCAGCAGCAGGAGGAGGAGGAGGAGCAGGAACAGGAGAAAGAAGAAGGGCGAUUGGAAGUGUCACUGGCGAGAGUAGCAGAAAUCUGCACAGGAGGAGAGGGCACGACAGCAUGGCCUCUCACAUGUCACGAGAUUGCCGAGGCAGCAGUAGACGCCCAGCCACCCCAGCCAAUCGCCGAGCGCCACAUGGCAGCACGGGGGCAGCGGGUGGACUCAGCUCUGCAAUCCCUGGGUCGCUUGGGGUUCCUGGGGGAGAGAAUUGGCGGCACUAUUACCUCUGCUGCUGCUGUUGCUGGUGCUGCUGCUGCUGGUGCUGGUGCUGGUGCUGAUGCUGGUCCGAGUAACAAUCGUUUUGGCAUGUCAUCCCAGAAUCUGGACCCCUUCUCGCAGACCUUCCCGUUCGCGACACAGCAGAGCUUCUUUCCUUCCCAGACACACCACCACAUUCCCUCCCAGGCAACUCCUUUUGCCUCCCAGCCAUACCAGUUUGCCACCCAGCCAGACCACCAUUUUGAGUCGCAGCAAAGCUCCUUCCAACCGUUCAGUGGCUCUCAGAACCCUCUUGGAUCGCAGCAGUUUCUUUUCGACACGCAGGAAAGCAUCGCGCCCUCUCACAUGCUGCCACCUGGGAGCUUGCACGCGAAUGCGGCGCUGCCAGGUCAGCACGUGCAGCCGCAGCAGCUCAUGGCAGCCCUCUCCUCUCCUGGCGCUAUCACUGUUGCUGUUGGUAUUGCUGUUGCUCUUUUUCGCUCCGCGCUGUCCAUGGUGUUGCUGCUCAUUUCUGCUGCAGCUCCUGCUCCUGGUGCUCUUGCUGCUUUAGCUCGUUAUUUUUGGUCUUCAUGUUCGCGUUUCUACCAUGUUAGCUAG